GCUUUGUUGUGUCAUUUUCUAAAAAAUGAUUUUCUGGCUUCACUUCCACGCAAUCUGAUUGGCUCUCGCGAUAUAAAGUCGGAACAGUCUGAGUUUUCGCGACCUUCCCGAUAAAUAGGACUGCGUUAUAACCUUGAUCGUUCCUCUCCUGCUGCCUCUACCCCGCACGAUGAGCGCCGUGGAUGAUGUCGCGGAGCGCAUCCGCCGCCUUGAAGAGACCCGCGCUGCCAAGACCGCGCAGUUGCGUCAAUUACAGCGCGAGUUGCGCUUCAACCCCGUAACAGGCGUGGACGAACGUCUGGACAAUGGAUUGAGCAUCGCUCGCCUCGAUGUGAAGGUGCAAUCUGGACGCAAUAUGCUCUUUAAAGCAGGUUUCCUCUCGGGUCAGCGCACAUACGCUCGCGUGACAGUGGAAGUCGUGGCGGCAGUCAACAGCAACGAAGACGAACAGUUAGAGAGCACUACAGUUAUGGAGCAGAAAAUGACUACCAAGAGACCAGUAAGCUACACGCCGAAAUGGAGCGAAGCACUUGUGUUUGAAGGACUCCCAGCGGCAAUAGGGACAGUGAGAGUUGACGUGAUGCAGGAGGAGAGGAUCGGAGCGGAUGACGUGGUGUGGACAUUGAUUUUGCCACUAGCGAGACUACAGGACCAGCGACCCAUGCAAAGGUGGCAUGGGCUCAAGAAACACGACAAAGAUCUGAUCAGCGAGAUUUUGUUUAGCUGCAGAUUCCAGCGCUCGCCAAUAUCUGCGUUGGAGUUGGAGUUGGAGUUACUACAGAAUCAAGCGAACGAACUGCAUUUGUUCAUUGGACAGCAUCAGAAUCUGGUAGAGGUGCCGAGAAAUUCGAUCACGUCAGAGCCAAAGCCAUUGCAGGGCAAGGAGGUUGUUCCUGAAAAUACACCGGAACGGACCGCGUCGACCAGAUUCUCAGCCGUGGCUUCGUUCCCUCCUAAUAUGAGGAAACGAGAGAGUGUGGAGAACAUGUCGAUGAAUGUCGACAUGGAAGCUCCACGAGUUAAGAGACAGCGUGUAGUGGAUACAGACAAGCAGGUGAACUCGCUGUCCGAUAGGAUUGCCAAUUGGCUGCUCCCGCCAGCUCCGUCAAGCGCUUCAACGCCUGCUGAUAAACAUGAGACUCCGCCAAGUGCAGGAAAUAGCACUGGUACGUUAUUUUUUCCGUUUAAACAACGACAGGCAGCCCCUCCUCAAAGACGUCAAAGACGAACUGGUCGACCACUUUCUGCAACUUCACAGAAGUCGCCGUCAGCACUUCAAGCGAUCGAGAAUUGGCUGUUUACUGACAAAGACGGCAAGCCUCGAGAACUUCCAUUUGGACGCCAGGCGCCGUCUUAUUAAUUCUAGCAUUGUACCUAGAGCAAUUUCGCCUACUUGAAGGUGGACUUGUUACUCCUGUAAUCUAUUUUCAACGCUUUCACAAAGCUAAAUCCAUUCA